ACGCCGAAACAAAACCACACUUCCCCCUUCCUUCCUCUCACCAAAUCCUUCUCCCUUCUCCCUGUCUCGCUGUCUCGCCCUCCCCGAGAGAGCUCGACGACCAAGCAAGCAAGCCCGCGGCGGCGAUGGGGUACACGUACACGCCGACGUACUACUCGGGCCUGCAGGACACCAUCGCGACGCUGUGCAAGUCCAUCUUCACCAGGCCCGGCCGCCGCCUCACCGCCGACCAGGCCGCCGCGCGCCGCCACGCCGACGCCCUCAAGUGGCAGCAGGACUCCUUCCACCGGAUCCUCCACCUCUCCGCGCUCCACCGCGAGGGCAUCGUCCCGGCCUCCGACGUCCACGCCUUCCGCGCGUCCCUCCUCGCCGCCCUCGCGGCCCCGCCCGCCCCGCAGAACCCCGACCUCCCGCCCAUCCUCCGCGACAAGCUCCUCUUCCUCCAGGAGCUGUUGCGCGCCAAGUGCAUCUCGUCAGCGGAGUACAACUCGACCAAGAGGCCGCUCGUGCAGCGCCUGGCGGCGCUCGGGAUCGUCGUUGACUGCCCCGACGCGGACGCUGCCGGUGGCGUGGCGGCCGGUUCGACCCGGUCGUCCGCGGAGGAGUGGUCGGAGAUCGAUCUACGGGACCCGGCCCCCGCCACGGCGGCCUCUGACAAGCCCAAGCACAAGGCCUUCGUCUCGGCAUGGAAAAGCCGAGGCAAGAAGGAGCAGGACUCGAGGCCGCCGUUGGCCCAGGUGGACCAGAACCACGCGUCGGUCCUCAUGGCCGAGAGCUCGCCGUCGGAGGCGGCGCCCCCCGGGAAGGCUGAGAAAGGGAAGAGGAGGCAUCUGACGGCGAUGUUCCACAACGGCGGCGAGAACAAGGAGCCUGCGGCGGAGGAAGGCGCCGUGGAGAAGGGGGGAAUGAAGAGCAGGAAGAAGAGCUCUUGGGGGUUUGAUGGGCUCAAGAAGUGGAAGAAGGCAGGUGGUGGUAGCAACGAGGACGCCACAGCAGCCGGGGAGGGCGCUCCGCCACGGUCUUCGCACAGUGACUGCCGGCUUGAGGCAAGCCCUGCCAUCGCGGCCAGCCCGGAUGCGAAGAGAGCCAAGAAGAAGCUCCAUCCUGCUAGUACCGGUGGCAAUGUCUCAGCUGCUGAUUUGGCGAAUGAUAAGGUUUUGGUGGAGGAGACGAAGAAGGAGCUUUCAAGGAUUCAGGCUGAGCUAUCCUCUACGAAUCGAAACCUGAACUUCUCCGAUCAGCAGAUUGAGGCCAUCUCAACAAGGCUUCCAGUGGACAAGUCCGAUCUCAAGACAUUCUUCCCAAAGGCAUGGUGUGACCAGCAUGGAGACGGUGUGAUCGACGCAGCGCAGAAGGAGUUCAAGGGGCACGUGGAGGAGAUUGAGAAGCAGAGGGAGGAGGACAUUACCGGCAGUGAGGGCUGGGAGGCAGCUUUCAGGGACAGCCAUGAGGAGGACAACUUCAACCCCAGGGCCUUCUCCCAGCAUCAUUCAGCUGGCCAGGGGGAGAAAGUUCACGAGAGCCUUGGCAGUGAGCAUUUCACUAACCCUUUCUAUGAUGACAAGAGCAACCCAUUCUGGAACCAAAGUUACAACUGAUAUAACCUUCUGCUACUUGUGUUGUAAGUUGUAACCGGGGGACUUCUUGAGUUACAAAGUGCCAUGUCUUUUACCUUCUUGCUACUUGUGUUGUACCUAGAUGUUCAAUUGUUAUAUUGGACCCAGCUGUGUUGUGUUUUAAGAUGUAAUAAUAAUAAUAAUCAGGACUCCUAGGGUGCAGCGGUGGGGCGCACGAGAA